CCCGACCAGAAUGGCCAUCCCUAAACCCAUCCGCCUGCUGGCUCUGGCCACGAUGGUGCUCUUCGUGUUUCUGCUGGUUCAGAUCAUGAGAAAUCCCACCGUCGCGAGACUGCCUGAAGGACACGCAAAGCUGGAGGACAUGGUCCGCGACCCCAAUCUCGAUGCCACCGACGAACCGCCCGAACCGCUCCAUCGCGUGUCUGGCAACAACUACGACGCCGACAACCCUCACAGCGACCGCAUCAAUGCCACCAUCCUCUCCCUCGUCCGCAACAGCGAACUCUCCCAAAUAGUCGGCAGCAUGCAAGAGCUCGAACGCACGUGGAACCACAAAUUCAACUAUCCCUGGACCUUCUUCAACGAUGAACCCUUUACCGAAGAGUUCAAAAAGGCCACCUCUGCCAACACCAAGGCCGAAUGUCGCUACGAACUCAUCCCCAAGGAGCACUGGGAAAUCCCCUCGUGGAUCAAUGCAGACUUGAUGAAAGAGUCGGCCAAGAUACUGGAAGAGAAGAACAUUCAAUACGCCAGUAUGAAAAGCUAUCAUCAAAUGUGUCGAUGGAACAGCGGAUUAUUCUACAAACACCCCGCGCUCAAAGAUGUACAAUACUAUUGGCGUGUGGAACCACAUGUCAAUUUCUUCUGCGAUGUGGAUUAUGAUGUCUUCCGAUAUAUGCGAGACCACAACAAGACCUAUGGUUUCACGAUCAACAUCUACGAUUCUCCGCAGAGUAUCGAGCAGCUUUGGCCCGAGACGAUUAAAUUUUUGGCAGGGAAUAACAAGUAUCUCGCCAAAGAUAAUGCCAUGGGAUGGUUGACCGAUAAGGAAAGGAGACCGGAACACAAUCAGAUUGCAAACGGAUACUCGACCUGUCAUUUCUGGAGCAACUUUGAAAUCGCCGACAUGAACUUUUGGCGUUCGGAAGCGUAUGAAGCGUAUUUCGAACAUCUCGAUCGCGCAGGCGGAUUCUUCUACGAACGUUGGGGGGAUGCACCCGUCCAUUCCAUUGCAUUGGGACUGUUUGAGGAGCAGAGUCGAGUGCAUUGGUUCAAGGACAUCGGAUACAGGCAUAUUCCAUUCUUCAACUGCCCCAAUUCUCCCAAGUGUAAAGGGUGCCAGGCAGGGAAGUUUUACGAUGGAGAGCCGUUCCUCCAAAAGGAAGAUUGCAGACCCAAUUGGUUCAAGUAUGUGGGUAUGGGGGAUUGGAAGAAGCAGGACUUGUAGAUGAUAUGAUGGGAGUCUCGAAAGAGAGAAGUAGAAAGAAAGAAGCCCUCGAAACAGAGACUUGCUGAGGAUUAGCGAAUGGCGUCUGGCGUUGCGAACAGAGCAUGGUCUGUACCUAAUUAGAUAUCCAUGGCAUUUGAUGGAUGCGAUCGUGUAGAAGUACGAAACACAACAAAAGACCCGGUCAAUCGAAGAGACGC